GGAAGGUAACUUUAAGGUUUUCUUGUCGGGACAGUGAAUUUCAGUACAGGGAGAGAGCACGACUCUCGGAACAGGGAGGAAACUCUGCAGAGGUCCUCAUUAAAAUUCCCUGUCCGUACACUCGCCACGAAAACCUCCUUUAGUGGGUGGCACCGGCGUCCUGUGCGUCUCUUAAUUGCGCACCCGCAUUAACGAGCGAUCACGGAUCAGUUUAAUCACCAGUCGCUGCGGAUCAAGCUGUCUCGAGGCAGAGAGUUUGCUUCAUGUCCCGCUAUUUACGGCUUAAAGUGUGAGAGAGGAAAGGUGGGCGCAGAGUCCCAGAGUUCCAGCUAAAGGGUGGCGCCCUACACAUCUCAUCCAGCCCCUGGACACACAGUGUCGCGACCCACAGCAACGCGGUCCGCUCCUGCAGUCCACUGGCUUCUUGUUGCAGCUCAUGAUUGUGACAUUUCUCUGUGGGGGACUGGCAACAUGUGCGCCUACUGGUGUGAAGUGUGACACAGCGGCUUUGGGGUUUCAUUUCUCUCGGAUACGCCAAGUACCCGACGUUACGGCGCACCUUGUGUAAUAGAGAACCAUGAGCACUGUGGAGGAGGAGCCGGAUCACAUGAUACCAUGAAGACAAGCCUGCAGGUCCUGCGCUGCCAGCUGCUGAGUGUUCUAGCAUUCCUAGCACUGCCAGUAGGACUGGUGUCAUCAGCACAGGAGCUGUACCUCAGCCAGACAUCCCAGGACUCUGUCUCCAUGGCAGCCGCCCACAGCAGUCCCCUGUCUACCCCCAAACCUCCCCCCCUGCACUGGCAUCAGGAAGGCUCCAGUAGCGGAGAAUGGUCAUCUAAAGGAGGUACUCAACCUCCCUCAAACAUCAUCCUCCCUGCAGUCGCCCUCCAUCCUUUGGCCUUGCUUCACACAACCCAAACUUCCAGCCUGGCUCAUGACGACCCCACCAUUCACGACACAAAGACUGUCACCCUAAACACUGUGAGCACUGAAAGUCAUGUGAAUCAACCCCUGGAGCCAAGCUCUGAUAUUGUAAACCAAGGCCACAUCAGGAUACCUCAAGUCCGUAACCCAGUUACUGUCAGCACUAACCAGGCCAUCAGCAGCAGCUCUAAAUCUCCCAGCACAGCGGUCCCAAAUAUAGAUGUGGAAACUACUGCCAGAGGGGCUCCAAACCCCCUGGCUCUUAUGUCCAGCUCUGGAUCAGACAGAGGAGAUACACUCACUGAACACCACAUAAAGCCUCAGAAGUUGAGUGUGGAAGAACCCACCAACCCCAGCUGGCAGUUUGUUCCAGAUCUUGAGCACUCCUCCCUGACCUCCCUUUCCUCUUCAUCAAUGGAUACUGACCCCACACUAGGCCUGAAACUCAGGGAGUAUGCUCUGGGUGCCUCAGAACUGACCGCACACCACGCCAUCACCCUGAGGGAGGUGCAUGGAGUGAACGAGCCCCCCACUGCUCAACUGGGGAUAGACCCCAAGGAAGGGUCUGUCACUCCAGUCGGGAGCCCACCAGAGAAUCUAGCUUCCACCAUGUCCACUCCAGCCCUGUUCACUGAGCCCAGCUUCAACACACAGAAUUCAACAAUCAUCCCAAACAACCACACUGCACCCAACGAGACCACCACUGAGGAGGGUCGUGGUCAGGUUGUUCAAGGUAACGGCACAGACAAUGCCCCUCUGGGACCCUGGAUAGGGAAUGUAACUGCAUAUGGAGGGCUGGUCUCUAACAGCAGCUCAGUCGAGGAGGCGUCUGCUCAGGGGAACAGCUCAGAGCUCCCUUCCACAGCUAGUAGGAACUUCCUGAACAGGCAGGUGCCUGCCACUACCCAGGACCCCUGGACACCUGGCAACAGCUCAGGCCCCACCGUUGACUCCCCGCUGUCCCGCAUGACCAUCUGCUUGAGCAGGAUGGACAUUGUGUGGAUCGUGCUGGCCAUCAGUGUGCCUGUGUCCUCGUGUUCUGUGCUUUUGACGGUGUGCUGCAUGCGGAGGAAGAAGAAGUCGUCAAGUCAGGAGAACAACCUCAGCUACUGGAACAACGCCAUCACCAUGGACUACUUCAGCAGACAUGCUGUGGAGCUGCCCAGAGAGAUACACACUCUGGAGAGUGAGGAGCAUGACACCUGUCUACCCCCUAAUGGAGACUACAGCGGCAGCAGCGUGGUCCUGGUUAACCCUUUCUGCCAGGAGACCCUCUUCAUCAACAGAGACAAAGCUUCUGCCAUCUAGAGACAGGAAAAGAGAGACACUGUUGGAUUCUCCUCUUCUACUCCCCCUGCUGUUGUUGGCUAUUUUAUAUAUGUGGUAAAUAUUCAGAGACUUUGAAUUUAUACUGUAUAUGACAAAUACAAAGAGCAACCAGAAAGAAGAGUGAUGUAAACAGACACUAUUUACUAUGAGAAUGCACCCGCAUAUUUUUCUGAUGUACAUUUUCUACAAAAGGCUUAAUUGUGAUAAAAGGUUUUUAUUGUCUUUAUAAAAUACAGAGUAUAUGUGGUUUUGUUUUCAUUACAGUGGCUUGAUGGUGAGUGCACUGUGGAUGUUGCCACAUGAAAUCUGCUUUAGAAAGAGAAACAUGCUAUGAAAACAUUAAAGCUGUUCUUUGUAAUUUUAUUUUUCCUUUAAAAUCAAUCCCAAAAUACUUAUAGCCUGUUGAACUUGAAUAUAGCGUCUACGUACUUAGGGGGAAACAGAGAUUUGUGACAAAAUACUGUUUGUGAGAUCAGGGUCCAUAUUUUUUAAACUGAGAAAUACACUUGCAAAUGCUCUAAAGAGCAAAACAACAGAACAAAAAGUUCUUGAAGUGAAGAAUAAGACCUAUUUAUCAAGCUACUUACUUCUAUUAACAACAAAGUGUAAGAGUAGCCUUUAAGAGAAGCUCUCAAGUGAUCACAUGAUUAAUCACAUGUAUGCUCUGAGCAGGAAUAGCCAAUCAGACAUGUAUUUACUCUUCUGUAUAUCUGCCCCAUUUUUCUUUUUCUUUUUUAUCCUUACAUUUUACUCAGUGAUGUUAUUCUGCCAAAACACGUGAUUUACAUUUUUAAAAAAAGUUCAUUUUCUUUGUGUGAUUUCCUUAAAUUUCACAUUAAAAUGUGAAAUUAACAGUAAUAAUAUGUAUAAUACAUUAUUAAUAAUAACAAUAAUAAUAAUAAUAAUAAUACAUUUUAUUUAUAGUGCACCUAAAAAAUGCUUUACUUGAUGAAUCAUGUGAGUAAAACAAAACCAAGAAAUCUAAAACACAGUAUAACAGCAGAAUAGAGCAGGACAAAAUCAAAAAUUAAACAUUUAAAGUGGCUAUAAUCGACAGUCUAAUAAUAACAAAUGUGAAACAUUUGUGAAAGGGGUCGCUUGUAGUGAUGAACCUACAGAGAAUUAUCACCUGAAUCUGCAGCUCCCCUCGGCUUUACGGAGCUUUAUAGUGAGUUUCAGCUCAUUGUUUAGCUGUCCGGCCCGCAACUUUACUGUUUUGGUUGUUUGGUUUUGGCCGCAGCAGGCAGCUGUUUUCUGUGAAAAAGGUCUGAAAACCCACUGUACACUACCUGCUCAGCACCAAACAGCACACAGACAAAGUUAGCGACUAGCUGGUGAACAUAGUGGAGCAUUUAGCAGCUAAAGAACCAGAUAUUUCCCUUACGCGUUGGUAGAGACCAAACACGGAGUCUAAAUUAAUGUUACUUGGUAACUGUUGGAUGUGUAAACAAGCAACUGUUUACUAACUAAGUUCAAUAUAUCAACCUAAAAGCUGAUAACGUCAGUGUUCACAACUUGUUUCUUCUGCCCUUAAGUGGCCAAGAAAAACAGUUAUUGCAGGUUUAAAGCAGUUUUAAAAAGGUUAUAUAUAUAUAAUGUGUUAAGUCAUAAGAAAUUUGAUAAAUAGCCUCUUAUUCUUAAGUUUGCAAGUAAAAGUGAAGGAUUUUUACUUUCACUUGAGUCCAAAAUUGAACUUAGCAGUUUGAUAAAUACGGGACCAGAUUUUAAUGGUUAUUUGAGCAGACUAUUCGGGUGAUUUGGGGUCUACAUCUUGCAGUUUACUGACUUAAAAUGGCUUUCCCCCUCAUGUGUCACCAGCUUCUCUUAAGAGGGACCGCAUAGAUGUCUUAAUUCCUUAUGUUGGCCCUUUUAUAUAUCAAUGUGUGUAUGUGUGUGUGUAUGUGUGUGUGUGUGUGUGAAUGCCCUGUUUGUGCAUGUAAGCACACUGUGUGAGUGUGGACGGAUGAGUUAAAAUGUGCUGCCCCCUUAACCAAAUAUCACUGUUACUUUGAGUCAAACAAGACUUUGUAUCACUUUCAGCUCAGUUUUAUCUGUUUCUCUGUGUGUGUCUGUUUGUGCGUACGCCUGUGUCUGUCUGUCUGUCUCUUGACUGUAAUGUGGAGUGGCCACUGGUGAUAUCCCAGUUUGACAGUUAGACCAAACUGUAAAUGUCUCCCACCAUAAAUAACUGUGUUUGUUGAGGUGUUGAAUGAUUGUGAAUUAGUUGCUGGACCACAUAAUGCGUGUUAGAGGCUGUCAAAAAUUUUGACCAAUAAAAACACUGAGAUAAAUAAUGUAUGCUGAAUAUUUACUGUGAGCACAUAAUGAGGCAGUUUAAUUAAAAAGUGUGUUUGAAUAUUUUGUUUAAUUAUUGAACCUGUGGUCCUUCUAUCAUCUGUUUUACUUUGCAUUGCUGCAGUUUUAUUCAAUAAUCAAUGCUGCCUGCCUCUAUUGUCGCUAAAGAUAUUCUGCAUUGUGACAUGUUGUUCUGAAAUCACUGAUUCAAAAGGUGAUGCUGAAUAACACGGUUAAACAUAUUGAUAUUUCCUGCAUUGGAUGCUCACAGCUGGGCUUCUUGUUUUGCACGCUCAAAAGUGGAUAUUUUACAAAAUGUUCAGUGGCACGGUGGAGCAGUGUUCAACAUUAUGUAUUUUUUGUACUGUAGUAUACACUGUACUUUUUACUGCUGAGCAAUAAAACAAAGAAAAAACACA